CAGUAACCUUCUUCCACACGGUAUCAUCACCACCAGCACUGCAUUCCUCCGCUCCGAAAGAAAAAGAACCCACAUACAUACACAUACCCUCAUUUUUUUACAUUUUUUUUGGAUACUUUUUUUGUUGUGUUUUUCGGAUUUUAAUGCCUGAGUUAAUAAUUCAUCUAGCACUACUUUCGGGUAGUUUGCCUGUUUUUCCCUACGGCGACGAGCGGCUGCGGUGCGGGGAUCAACAUAUCCGCAAGCUGUGUUUAGGUGCUCUCUACCAGCCCCUCUCUGGAUGCAUCAGACUCCCCUGCCCCGGGGCCCUGGACCCGGUGUGUGACCCUGCCGCCUUCACCCCAUUCCCCCUCUUACCCCUCGGCCCCGAACUCCCUUCCCCCUGUCCGCCUCAACACUCCCACUGUGGGCCCCCUGCCUCUCGACCUGCAGGCGGAGGCAGGGGGCCAUGGCACCAUGGUAACCUUCAACGGACCGAGCCCCCUCGCCAUGAACAGUGUGACGCCUGCAGAGGGCAGGGUUCAGGGGUCGAGCUUUACCCCACAUCAUUACAAAACCUUCAGCUCGCAUGAACACUACCAUCAGGUGAUGGAUGCACUGCGUAAGCUCCAGGAGAGUGGGUUCUACUGGGGGGCCGUUGGGGGUCGGGAGGCCAGCUCCCUGCUGCGCUCUCACCCCCCGGGAACGUUCCUGAUCCGGGACUCCUCGGACCACCACCACUUCUUCACCCUCUCCGUGCAGACGGCUCGAGGAACCAAGAACCUGCGCAUCCACAGCGAGGAGGGGGGCUUCUUCUUACAGCCGGACCCCCAAAACACCCUGGAGCUCCCUCAGUUUGAUUGUGUGCUGAAACUCAUCGCGCACUACAUGGGCAAAGGACCAGAUACUGGAAGGACCAGAGGAGGGGCAAGCGGGGGCAAUUCGGGGGAGGCGAAAAUGAAGGGACGUAACGUUUACCUGAUCCACACCGGUGGAGAGAAAAUCCCCCUGGAGCUGCGGCAACCCCUCUCGAAUUCUCUCUCGUCCCUGCAGCACAUGUGCAGGAGGACACUGAACAACCGAGGCCUGAGGGAGCCGGAGCAAACUGAGCAGCUCCCGCACACACUUAAAGACUUCAUGGAGAAGUACGACGCUCCUAUAUGACUGACAGGAACCGCAGGAGGUUCAGAUGCGCGGACCAGGCGCCGGGGGUGGACGGCCCACCAGUUCUCAUACGCAUACGAGAAUAUUCACAGAGACUGACCAGACUGAGCCUUAUCUGCAAAUACGAGGUCAGUUUCUUCACAGUGGCCGGAAUCAGCUGGUCCCAGAUCUGAUUAAUCACUGAUGAGACCACCAAGAGUCUCGGGGCUGACCUGGGCUCUGGGAGGAGGAGUGUGGUUUGGGUAACCAACGAUUACCUCGUCCAUCCUGCCUUGCAAAACAAACAAAAAAAAAAAACUGAAAAAAACAAACAAAAAAAAAAGAAUAAAGAAAAACUGACCACUGGUGAGAGUGGCAGAUAAAGCCAGGGGUCAAAGGUCAACGUUUCCUAUGACUGACUCAGACGCAGAGCAGUGCCUCGUAGAAGAUUAACACGAUUGGUCGAUAUUAACGAUGAUGGCAACCGCAUGAUCAAUGCGCCCGCCGAGACGACCCCGGUGGGUUUAAUAUGCUUUAGGGAGAAACCUGACAUUUACAGCGCUUUUGGAUCACAGGACACAGAGAAAAGACGGCAAAGGGCAGAGAGCGGGUGAAUGAAGGGGGGGGUGGGGGGGGGGCGUUACGGAGAAUGGGGCAAAGUCCAAACAGGGGGCUUCACACAGAGAACGCACACUAUUUGUUUGUUCGAGUGUGUGUGUGUUUGUGUGUUGUGGUGGCGCACACAUUUCCAUCGCUGCUGCUUCCCGCAAAUGUUGCCUCACAGGAGGGAGUGGGGUGGUCAUGCACGCUAGCUCCACACACACACACACACACACACACACACACACACACAUGCAGGUACAGGCCCACAUGAAGGUUUUUUUUUGUUAGCGUGGGACAAAAAAAAAAAAACACAUUACAAAGCAUUUUCUCCUUCUCCUGUUUGUUUCUCGUCCUCAUCCACUCCCUGCCCGGCUCCUUCUUCUUCUCUCUCUUUUUUUUUUUUUUUUUUCUGUUUCGGGAGAUGCAUGUGUGCUCUGACAGUGACAAAAAACAGACAUCUGUAGCCGAGACAAAAGCUCGUCACAGAGACAAAAGCAUUGGCCGGGGACCAAACAAAACAGCAGAACUUAUUUUUAUCCAGACUGGCUGGAAAAAUGUCAGCGACACUGUAAAGCUCCUUGGGGAAUGACGACGAUGAUCCCAGAGAUAGAGGGGGGGGGGGGGCUGUGGAGGGUGAGAAGAGGGAUUGAGCGGAGGAGAGAGGAGAAGAGCUGGAAAUGGGAUUAGGAAACUGGGGAAGGGGGCUAGGCUUGUGGAGAAGUGGGAGGAGACAUACUGGUAUACAGCUAAACAAAAACAUUGAAGUGAUUGAUGGCUCAGAUUAGAGGAAAUGAAAGAGCUCAACGGGACACGGCUCCUGUAAAUACAACAAAAAAAAAAAGUAAAGUUUUGGCUGGGUCUUAAUUCUGUCUUUUAGACCCUCUUAGAUUAUCAUCUUAUUUCUUACUGCGGGGGUCUGGCCAGCGGAGGAGUGGGAGGAAACAUACUGGUAUACAGCUAAGCAGAAAUACUGAUGUGAUGGAUAUCCUGGACAUGGAGGAAAUUAAAGAGCUCAACAGGACGCCGUUCCUGUAAAUAUAACCAGAAGAAAGUUUUUGGUUGAGUCUUAAUUCUGUCUUUUAGACCCUCUUAGAGUAUCACCUUUCUUUUUCUUUUUUUUGUACUAAAAAUGCCUCGUUGUGUUUGAGCGUGUUCAGCUCUCCCUCUUUGUUUGCUUACCAUUCAUGAAGGAGAAUACGAGAGGAAACGAGCUGUUAUGUAGAUGGUUUCAUGCCUGUACCUUUUUUAAAAUUUUACUUUGCCUUCAUGUAUCUUCCAGUCUUUGCCUCUGGAGCUGUUUGUUAUUCUGAAUGUCAAGGGAGCAACAAGACGUCCCCUUAAGUGAGUCUUUAAAAAAAGCCUUUUUCUAAACGUGCAAGACCCGGAUUUGAUCAAAAGUUUUCUGCGUCCGACCCGUGCUCGUACCUUACCCGUCAUCCAUAUUGGAGUGGAAGCCUUUUUCACAUCAUUAAAAAAUUUUUUGUGGCCACUUGAGACAAGGGCGCUGAAUUUCUAGCAUAGCAAACGCACAUCUUUGUUUCAAAUCCGGGUUUCUCUCUUGCAUCGACACCAAGUUGUUGUUGUUGUUGUUGUUUUUGUUUUUGUUUUUGUUUUUGUUUUUUGGACAUGCGUUGCACCAUGUGAAUCAUUUUGUCUUUUAUAAAGACUCUCUUGCAAAAAGGCUGGCCACUAGUCUGGCAAAAUACAAGCUGUAAUAUCUGAAAUGACAAAAGCAUUACAAAAAAUAAAUGAAAAAGGAACGUUGCACAUAUUUAUAUUUCUAAAAUAUUUCAAUAAUUUAUAUUAAAGAGCACUAUUUUUACAAAACUCAA